AUCGAAUUUUGCCCAUCGCCAGAGAGUGCAUUCUCUCUCUCUCAGAGCAUCAACCAUCUCGCUCUAAAAUCCACCGCAGUUUCCCACGAUUUCCCUUCUCACUCUAAAAUACACCGUUGAACGACUCGGACGCGAUUUUCCAGCGCGGGUGAUUUUCCUCCUCGGUCGGCGUUUUUCGGCGGCUUCUUAUCGACAAACAAUAGUGCUCAAGUACACCGAGAUUUUGUAGUGUUUUGGAGUUGCUGAAUUAGGGGCGAUUGCUAAUUGAAACAAAUUAAUAAAACGACGACGCACCGUGCAUUAAAUACAACAACUUUAACUACAGUGGCAGGCGUAACUGUAAAGUCCGCUUUGCUGUUGAUAGCAUAUAAAGAGAAUCGGAAUCCGCAGCAAAGUUUUGAUUUAUUCUAAUUAAAAAAGGUUGCGAUAACCAACUUUGACCGAACCAAAGGUGACUGACGACCAGGACGGCCAGCAAUGUGCAGACGGUCGCUGGCUGAAAUUGCUGGCAGGACUCAGAACCAGACCGCAAGGAUCAACCCAAUCAAGGAGCAGCAGUUGCAGCUGUGAAUGCAUCAGCAACUGCCAACCGGCUACUGGCUACUUUUUAUAUAUAAAUCCAGAACGAAAUGCGUUUUUGCAGCUCGGCCAACAAGGAGAUCAUCACACAGAUAGCAGUUGAUAGAUGAACUAAUGCAAAUGCCCUCCAAUUGCAGCUUUUGAUGCAAAAUUAAGGCAGGGGCCCAACACAGAACCCAACUUGACUGAUAGCUUAAACUACUUACUAUAAAGUAAUCGAACAACAUAAAUACGAAACAGAAGGGCUGCAACAACUUUUUAAUUACUGUUAAGGACAACUCGUUAAUUGCCAAAUAUGUGUUGCCUGAUCUAAAGCUGAACAAAACUUAGGAACAUAUAUACAUAUAUAUAUAUACAUAAUAAUAAUAAUAUAACAUUAGCCCACGACCCCAAAACCGCCACGUAAAGCUCAAGAUCAAGAGUUCACGCCAGGAGACACUUGCAUAAGCCAUGGGCAACAAAUGCUGCAGCAAGCGACAGGAUCAGGAACUGGCACUGGCCUAUCCCACUGGGGGCUACAAGAAAUCCGACUACACCUUUGGCCAGACGCACAUCAACAGCAGCGGCGGCGGCAACAUGGGCGGCGUUCUCGGCCAGAAGCACAACAACGGGGGCUCCCUGGACUCGCGCUACACCCCCGAUCCCAAUCAUCGGGGUCCGUUGAAAAUCGGCGGAAAGGGCGGCGUUGACAUCAUCCGACCUCGCACCACACCAACCGGUGUUCCUGGCGUCGUGCUCAAGCGCGUUGUCGUGGCCCUCUACGACUAUAAAUCCCGCGAUGAAUCCGAUCUGAGCUUCAUGAAGGGUGACCGCAUGGAGGUCAUCGACGACACCGAGUCCGAUUGGUGGCGCGUCGUGAACCUAACCACCCGGCAGGAGGGCCUCAUCCCGCUCAAUUUUGUGGCGGAGGAGCGCAGCGUUAACAGCGAAGACUGGUUCUUUGAGAACGUGCUACGAAAGGAGGCGGACAAGUUGCUGUUGGCCGAGGAGAAUCCUCGUGGCACAUUCCUCGUGCGACCUUCAGAGCACAAUCCCAAUGGCUACUCGCUGUCCGUGAAGGAUUGGGAGGACGGACGUGGAUACCAUGUGAAGCACUACCGUAUCAAGCCGCUGGAUAACGGCGGCUACUACAUUGCCACCAAUCAGACGUUCCCCUCGCUUCAGGCCUUGGUCAUGGCAUACAGCAAAAACGCUCUUGGCCUGUGUCACAUAUUGUCGCGUCCCUGCCCCAAACCGCAGCCCCAGAUGUGGGACUUGGGUCCGGAGCUGCGUGAUAAGUACGAGAUUCCGCGCUCGGAGAUUCAGCUGCUGCGCAAACUGGGACGCGGCAACUUCGGCGAGGUCUUCUACGGCAAGUGGCGCAACAGCAUCGAUGUAGCGGUCAAAACCUUGCGUGAAGGUACCAUGUCCACGGCUGCCUUCCUCCAGGAGGCCGCGAUUAUGAAGAAGUUCCGCCACAACCGCCUGGUGGCCCUGUAUGCUGUUUGCUCGCAGGAGGAGCCCAUUUAUAUCGUGCAGGAGUACAUGUCCAAGGGCAGUCUUUUGGACUUCUUGCGCGAGGGCGAUGGCCGCUACUUGCACUUCGAGGAUCUCAUCUACAUAGCCACCCAGGUGGCCAGCGGCAUGGAGUAUCUGGAGUCCAAGCAGCUCAUCCAUCGCGAUCUGGCAGCCCGUAAUGUGCUGAUUGGAGAGAAUAAUGUGGCGAAGAUUUGUGAUUUUGGAUUGGCGCGUGUUAUCGCGGAUGACGAGUACUGCCCCAAGCAGGGAUCCCGGUUUCCGGUCAAGUGGACGGCGCCCGAGGCGAUCAUCUACGGCAAGUUCUCGAUCAAGUCGGACGUGUGGUCCUAUGGCAUUCUGCUGAUGGAGCUGUUCACGUACGGACAAGUGCCCUAUCCGGGCAUGCAUAGUCGCGAGGUGAUUGAAAACAUCGAGCGCGGUUUCCGCAUGCCGAAGCCAACGAAUCACUACUUCCCGGACAACAUUUAUCAGCUGCUGCUCCAGUGCUGGGAUGCUGUGCCCGAGAAGCGGCCGACAUUCGAGUUCUUGAACCACUACUUCGAGUCCUUCUCGGUCACGUCGGAGGUGCCGUAUCGAGAGGUGCAAGACUAAACAGAGUCCAGCCUAAUCACACACAUCACCUACACUCUCUCACACGCAUACACACACGUACGAUAUAUAUAUAGUAUAUAAAGUUAUACAUAUAUUAUACAUUUAUAUGCAUAUUUACUAUAAUUCUUAAGACUUUUUAAUGGCAUAGUUGCAUACCAACCAACCAACACACAUGAACUCUAUAUGUAUGGUAUAUGUAUGUGUUUAAGCGUAUCUAAACAAUUCAGAAACCAACUACAAACAAAAAAUCGACAAAACAAACAAAAAAAAAAUCUAAGAUCGGAAAACAAAAUUUUAUAUUUUACACGCAAAACUAUUUUAUAAUUUAUAUACCUAACUGUAUGUACUAUGGAAAUAGAAAGUAUUUAACUAGUUUUUUAAGCUUAAGCAGAAAAAGUAAGGAGCCGAGAAAUGAUACCAAGAAAUCAAGAACAGAGCAAGAAAGAAAUUGAAGCAACUCUAUUGAAUUUCAAAUCGAAUACAGCUACAAUUUAACGCUACUUUAAUCGGUGCUUAGGUUUUAUGUAUAAACAAUCCAAUCCAAUCUACAACUAGAACUUUUUGAUCUUAACCUCCCUCUGCUGAAUACUUUCUUCUGAUACUUUCCACACACACGACUAUCGACUAAGCCAAGUAUUAUUUGACUCAAUCAACCCGUAUCAAGAAAUCGCAAGUUUACGCAAAACAAAUUGUUGCUAAUGAGAAACUCCAAUGAUGGCAUUUACUUAUAAGGUGGCGUCCACCCCUCGUCUCUACUUCCAAGUCAGAAAUCUACACGAUCUAUCACCCAAAACAUAAUAUGUUGCUUCUUCCUCGAGAAGGUGAGGCUAGAAAAAAAAAGUAAGGAAAGCGAAAAUUGCAUUUUGUACAAAUCAAUGAAUAGGAGAGAAAAACGCAUUUGACAUAUUUCGUUGUUAGCAAUUGAACCAAUGAAUGUUUAUAGUACAUUUAAGUUUAUGCCAAAAUUAUUGUUUAUUCCUUGUUCGUAUACUUAAGCACAAGCAACACAAUUGGGCACUGUCCAUGUAGUCUAGAUAUAUCUAUUGAUGUAUAACCUGCAGCGUUGGCCCGCAUUUAGUUCCUCUCCAGACCUGCUGUUCCUUGCGUGUGCAGCCCAAAUCAAUAGCCCGACUCAAGCCAUACGGAUAAACUGCUAUCUUAAGGGUUUCAAAUGCAAAUUAUCAGACGAUAACGAUCAAUGUAUCAACCAAUCAACCACACAGAACACACAUCUAUCUUAGCUUCUAGAUGACUGAUACGAACGGAUCCACACACUAGAACACACAUGAAUCGAACAUCGAUUGAGGAGACCUUAUUUAAUUUAUUUGAUUUUUGUUAUAAUUUUAGUUUGUCGUUCAUCGAUAUAGUACAUAUAGCAUAUAUUGUGUUGGCCAUUGUGUGCACAUUCUGUAGCAUAAAACCAAAGUUUAGCAUUUCGUAUUGAGAUAUAUGUAUUUGUAAAGAAGAUUUAUACGGCAACUCAAAGCAUUUCACACGUAAACACACACAGAGAUCAGUUUAUAGGAUAACCACGCUUAAAACUAACGACAACAACAACCAAUCAUUGUAUGAAAUGGCAUUCAACGUAAUUACGGAAUCACUGCAAAUAAUUAAUUAAAAUAUUGUUAUAAUUCACAGGCAAAACUGAAAUUGUUUAGCGUAGUUGAUGAAUUUUUGUAUAUAAACUUGACAUAACGUGUAGAAAUAAACGAGAAAUUUAAUUGAA